UUCCAAGAUGGCGGAAUGUGCGGAGAAGAAGAGAACAAAAAGCAAGCGAAAAGUUUUUAAGCGUUUAUUAAAAAGUAUUAAUGCAUAAUUCUAUGUAUUUGAUAAUGCCCAGGACACAUUCAACGGCAAAGUAAUCAAUAUACAAAAAACUAGAGGACUGCUGCCACGUUGUGCGCCUUCCCUUUGCAGCAAAGCCCACAAACCGACAGCCAAAAAAUCGAAAUCUUGUAAAGAAAGGCGAAAGGAUACUGAUUAUAUUAGUCCUGUCAUUUUUGGUUGGUAUUCCAUUUAAUGUUGCGGGGUACCUGAGGUGUACCGUAUUCUGCGCGCCUCUUCAACAGUUAAACAGAAAAAAUCUACUUAUUUCUCCACCACGCCGUAAGGGUUGUGUGACCCACUUGAACGCACCUGGCUGACUCCCCAAAGCACCUUCAAGGCUUCUGACAGGGUGUUAAAGUCAAACUACCGCCCCAGAUCGCAGCAGACUAUGUCUGACUUUUUGCGUCACCAAAAUCCACAAGAGCACACAUAGCCAUGGCAGCGACGAGAAAACUACAAGGCGAAAUUGAUCGAUGUUUAAAAAAGGUAGCCGAAGGCGUUGAAACGUUUGAGGAUAUUUGGAAAAAAGUUCACAAUGCGACAAACACCAACCAAAAGCAAAAACACCUGCAGGAGAAGUAUGAGGCAGAUCUUAAAAAAGAAAUUAAAAAGCUUCAGCGAUUACGCGACCAGAUUAAAUCAUGGAUUGCAUCCGCCGAGAUAAAGGAUAAAAGCGCGCUGCUCGAGAAUCGAAGGCUCAUUGAAACUCAAAUGGAACGUUUUAAGGUGGUUGAACGCGAAACGAAAACAAAGGCUUACUCGAAGGAAGGUUUGGGCGCUGCACAAAAGAUGGAUCCCGCCCAGCGGAUCAAAGAUGAUGCGCGCAAUUGGUUAACCAGCUCAAUAAGUUCACUCCAAAUACAGAUUGACCAGUAUGAGAGUGAGAUCGAAUCGCUGCUGGCAGGUAAAAAGAAACGAUUGGAUAGAGACAAACAAGAGCGAAUGGAUGACCUACGAGGGAAGCUGGACCGGCAUAAGUUCCAUAUAUCAAAACUGGAAACCCUGCUUAGGCUGCUCGACAACGACGGAGUCGAAGCAGAGCAGGUAAACAAGAUCAAAGAUGAUGUUGAAUACUACAUUGAUUCGUCGCAAGAGCCAGACUUUGAAGAAAAUGAAUUCAUCUACGACGACAUUAUCGGACUCGACGAAGUGGAGCUAAGCGGCACUGCCACGACGGACAGUAACAACAGCAACGAGACAAGCGGGUCCCCAAGCAGCGUCACUUCCGGCGGCAGUCCGUCACAGUCGCCCGUCACUGUGCAACAGAUUUUAAACACCUCGACGCAGGCGUUGACCAGUAGCGGCAGCAGCGCAGCCAGCGCUACACUGUUCCAGCAGCAGCAACAGGCACUGGCACAGUCGAAUGGCAACAAUAUAGGGUAUGCGAGCGACACAAGCGCAGCUUCAUCAUCGGCCACCACAUCUACAGAUCCAACGGGCAGCACAGCUGUCAUUAGCUGCGGAGCAGGUGGUGUUGGUGAUAAACGCAACAAGAACAGCGAAAGCAAUGCCAUCAGCAAAUUAAAACCACAACCUCAGCAGCUUAUUAAGCCCACACCUCUGCGACCGACGGCCAAGCUGCCUUUGAGUAGUGACGCUUCAGUCAAUAAGAUUGUCAGCUCAACUCCCAGUAAAAAUCAUCUGCACAUACCCUCAGCGUCUUCAAUCGUCGCGACACCAAGCUUGUCGCAGAACAAUAGCACUGGAAACGGAAGUGGCAACUCCACAACGGGAACGGGAGCGGCACAAUCGGCAUCUAGUAGUCACAAUCCUGCGGUACAGCCUCACGCUCCAACGCCUGGCCUCAGCGCGGCUACGUCAGCUGUAUUGAAUUCCUCUCCGAUCGCGAGCAGUGUCACCGUUCAAGGCCCAUCUGUGAUUCAAGCAACACCAACAAUUGCAUUUGCUGCAGUGGCAAAACAUAGUUCAUCACUCCUGGAAAAUGGUCCUGCAUUGCCGCUACAACAAGCGUUAGCUCCCACGGUGGCAUCUAUUGUAGGAGCAGGCGCCCAGGCGCAGCAGCAACAGGCGACACACUUAUCCAAUCUUCAAACUAAUUCCUCGCUUGUACUAAAUGGGCUGCCUGUCUCGGACAGUACUUCUGACAACGGCAGCAGUUUCGUCGACACGAUUUCCCUAAAAACUAUGGCACAGGAAGCCAUUGAUCGAUCCGCGAUCGAUACUAAUUUACAAAAUAAGCAGCAAACAAUCAACGUUGACACAAGACAGCAGCAAUCACUCCUCCAACAGAGUUUUAUAUCGGAAACCACUGCCAAUCAACAGCAGCAGCAAGUGACAUCGCAGCAUCAACAACAGCAGCUUCAGAAUACUACUGUUGCUGCGGCUGCGAUCGGUUCGAUUGCGGCUCCGGCGAAUGCCGCAGUAACCAGUAACGGUCCCUCAACCGGAAGUGGUCUUUUGAAUCUUCCGAACGCUGCAGGUCAGCCAAACAGCGGCAAUGCCAAAGUGCACUCGUGCCAACACCAGCAAAUGCCCACAACGGAAGCACACAUUCCAACGCUGCUUGGAGUGACGCCCUUAGGGCCAACACCACUCCAGAAGGAGCAUCAAAUGCAGUUUCAGAUGAUGGAGGCCGCCUAUUAUCACCUGCCACAACCCAUGGAUACGGAGAAGCUUCAAACAUACUUUCAUAGAGCACCAGUUCCCACGCCAGCACAUUAUCCACAGGCACAGCUGCCAAUAUAUGAUACCGUUGAAUUCUAUCAACGACUCUCAACGGAGACGCUGUUUUUUGUGUUCUAUUACAUGGAGGGAUCCAAAGCCCAAUAUCUUGCAGCCAAGGCCCUGAAAAAGCAAAGCUGGCGUUUUCACACCAAGUACAUGAUGUGGUUUCAAAGACACGAGGAACCCAAAAUUAUCAACGAUGAUUACGAACAGGGUACGUACAUCUAUUUUGACUAUGAAAAGUGGAGUCAACGAAAAAAGGAGGGAUUUACCUUUGAAUACAAGUACUUAGAGGACAAGGAGCUGAAUUGAAAAUGUUGCAAUGUGUGUUGCUUCGUCUGUCUAUAAGAAAGUCAAACCAUUGAAACAAUAAAAUAAAUCAAUACCAUUUUCAUUCAAAA